AUGGCGUCUCCACCGUGGGCAGGGGCUGCGAGUCACGAACAGUUCUUCGUCCUGCUCACUGGAGCUAAUAGUGGCGUCGGUCUUGGUACCGGUCAGCGAAUAAUCGACGAGUUCCUCGCUUCACGAUCCUUAUCCUCGCAUCUUAUUCUUAUACCUACAACACGCUCCGUUUCCAAGUCUCGCGAUACCAUCCUCUCCCUACGCGCUCACUUGAAGAAGACGGCCAAGACUUCACAACAGCUUCGGUCGCGAGCAGGCCACGACUACGAUCCUCAGACCGCUAUCUCUCGAGUCCACAUCCUCAGUAUUCAGGUCGAUUUAUGCGACCUUCGUUCAAUAUAUGGUGCAGCGAAGCAGUUGGUGCACGGCACAGUAAGCGAUCCGACUGGCUUAGUUAAAGAUGUGAAGAUACCCCGUCUCGAUGUCGCACUUUUCAAUGCGGGCAUUGGCGGCUGGUCUGGCUUAGAUUGGAUCUUAUUUGCAAAGCAAUUCCUCCAAGUUGGGCUCGUGCAAUGCUGUACGUUCCCUGUCUUCAAGAAGGCUCUGCCUGCUGCUACGCUCGACCAGAAGAAGCUACUUGGAGACUCGGCCGCCAAUCUGAAGACGCCACCGCCUGAACUGGCUGAGGUCUUCUGCGCCAAUGUCUUUGGACAUUAUAUCCUAGCACACGAACUGUUACCACUACUGAGCACGGCAGUACAAGCCCCCAUACGCAGCAAGCGCAUAACUGACCUCCUCUGCCUAACUGAGGAUCUCCCCACCGUACAAAAGGUAUCCUCCCCAUACUUCUCCUCCCCCGCCACAGCCGAUAAGCCCAUAAAACCGCGCUUUUACCUCUUCCACCCCGGUGUAGUCUGCACGCCGCUUUUCCCGCUUAGCUGGCUUCUGUACUGGGCCUACUACGCUGCCAUGUAUCUCGCGCGCUGGUUCGGCUCCCCCUGGCACCCCGUGGAACCAUACCUAGGCGCCUGCGCAUCGACCUGGCUCGCGCUCGCAGACCAGGACUCCCUCGACGAGCUGAACGCCGAACGUGUCAAGUGGGGUACCUGCGCGACGCGGUCAGGCCGUGUCAUGCCCAAGAAAGCAGAGGUCGACGGCUGGGGCUGGGAAGGCGUAAUUGAGAACGCGAGACGCUUAAACGCGACCCUACUCCCGGGGCCCUGCACAAGCUUCGGGGCCGUAGGUGGGACGCCGAGGACUUGA